AUGUCCGGGCCUUUAGGUAGCAAUUUCGAUGUUGUGCCAAGUGCACCAAUUACCACACGAUGGUAUGAUAAGAGUGAUGUCGGAGUUGAUAUCGAGAAAGGUGGCAUGCCAUCAUUCUUAGCGCUAUAUUUGCUUGCCAAGACUCGCAAAAGCAUUUGUGAAGUUUAUGGUGAAUCAACUAUUCGUAGGUGGUUUGCAAAAUUUAAAACUGGAGAGUUUAGCUUGGAAGCUGACAGUCGCAGUGGAAGACCUUCGAAAUUGGAUGAAGAUGUUUUGAAGACCAUUAAUUUUGAUGUGUACUGUCGUCAGCUAGCUAAUUUGAACCAAAAAAUCAAAGAAUUGAGGCCGGAGGCAGCCAACAGGAAAGGGGUAGUGUUCCAAUAUGACAAUACCCGACCGCAUGUGUCUUUGGCUACCCGAACAAAGUUAUAUGAACUUGGCUGGGAUAUAUUACCCCAUCCACCAUAUUCUGAUAUUGCGCCAUCCGACUAUCACUUGUUUUUGUCUCUACAGAACUCAUUCCAAGGGAAAACAUUUAACGAUUUAGAUGGAGUCAAAAUGCAUCUAGAUAACUUUUUUUCUUCAAAACCAGUCAAAUUUUAUGCUGACGGAAUAUCUAAAUUGCCUGGUAGAUGGGCAAAGGGACAGCAUCUUUUUGGGUCGCAACACGGAUCCACCAUUGAUUCUGAUUCUAGACGUUAG